AUGUUUUUUCACAUGAGAAUUUUUUGCGCGGUCGCCACUGGUUUUUUCAGUUUUUUUUGUGCGGCCGCGACUGUUGGCAGUUCCGGGGUUAGAACCGCACGAUCUCGGUCGCGUUCUCCGCAUUUCGGACCUGUCGAGCUUGGCGCCGUUCGUGCUCGUGCCCCUGGUGACGAGGCUGAAAUCCCACUGCCGUUCGCUGCAACGUCGGCGACUCUUGCCCGCGGCACGUUCUCCCCGAGCCAGGACCAGAGCACGCGAUGUGGCGUUCGUUCCGACGUGGUGGUCGGGGACGAUCCUCGCCCUCAGCCGUACAUCUUCCGCAUCCGUGUGUCGCCUAUGGGCGACUGGAUUGAGCGGGACAAUCACAAGCGCGUGUGGGAUCUGCAGGCAGCGUUUCACGAAUUAACAUGCGUGUGCACCUUGUCGCCUUGUGCUGCUUCGUCCGGAAGAGCAGGGGACACCACCCCGGGGGGCCGUUCCGUUGCGCCGCCUCAGCCGGGAGGACACCAAGAUCCCCCGGCGCGCAUGUACAAGCUGUGCUCCAGCCCGCUGGUGAUUGACUGCAAACUGCGGAAGCCCCAAGACGAGUUCAUUCCUCCUCCCGGGGAUGUGUCGAACCUUGGUUGGAAUUGCACUAAAAUGUCCCAGUUGCGGCUGAAUAGCACGAGCUCGUCAAUUUUCCCCGGCGUUACGCUGGACCGCGUCGCCAAGCUCGGUGUGGACGAGGGAAAGAAGGUGUACACGCUACCGCCACGACGUGAAGGUGAGGACACGGAUAAUGACUCGGAGCCGGCGUCUAGCCCCCAGACGCCCGAUCGGGACGAGGAACAAGUAGAUUCGGAUGAUGACCGAUCAGGUUCAGGCGGGCGGCCUAGGUCCGAGCACGCGACGAGCCUGGCCCGCGCCGCAAGGAGAGCCCUGAAGCCAACGCAGGUGGCUUUUCCGCUGUUCUGUUUCAGUGACAAGUUUUUGAAGCAGAAGCCGUUCCUGGUUUCCGGGCAGCAUGGGACGCGACGGAUUUAUCACGACCAGUUGCGGAUAUACAAGGAGGCACGGUUCUACGAGAAGCACAUAAAAUUUGAACCUGACUGGAUCAACAUCAACUUCGUUUCCCGUCUGCGGUUUCCGGAUACAACUACAAGCACCAGUGGACGACAAGUGCCGUCUAGUACGACGCAAGAGCCCUGCGUGGAAACGUUUGUCGUUUGUGACGGAGAUUUUCAACUGCAACGCUACCAUCCGGUGGUGUCGCUCGGAGACCCACAAAGGGCACUACUUAGUACUUCGAGCCAACAAGGCGCCAGUUGUCCGGAGGAGCCGCAAGACGACGGUGCCGACAUGGAGCAGCUGAUUCUGCGCUGGCGGCGGUUCACCGUAGACCCGGAGGAGAAAAACGACGAACUCCGGUGGAUUAAGGCGGACCUGAGGGUCUUUCUGGAGGAUCUGCGUCAGCACCAGAAUGGGGAACAGAACGGCGGUGCUCCCCCCGUCGACUGCGUCCAUCCCGACGCGUGCUUUUUGCACUGCAAGACCGAAACGGUCGUGUAUGCCAUGGACGGCUGGAAGGACCUGUACCAGUUGAAGAGCUCCGACAGCGUGGUGGGGCGAACGAUCAAAAGCAUCUGCCAGGAACAACGGCUAGCUUGUUCCGAUGAAGAAUCUGGGUCGAGGACCACGACGGCUGGGGGUUCCACUUCCUCUUCCUCGGGGAUGGAGCAAUCUACUUGUGAACAACAACAACGACCUGCCGCACCAGCACGCCCAUCGAAGCGCCUGCGCCGUUUCCGGCCCCGGAACAAUCGGCUGCACCGCAUUCAGACGGAGCCGCCGAGUCCGAUCAUUUGGAAGAGCUGCAAGUUUUGCGAGGGGCGGUCGAAGCCCCGUACGAAGACCGCGCGGCGCAGCGCGUUGCACUGGAACGACCCCGAGUUCGUUUCAACGCGGUUUCGGGAAGAAGCCGCGAUCACCGCCCAAGCCACCGCCCGGUUCGAUAGUCAAAACAUCCGAAUGCCGCUCUUGAGGGGCGCGGCUAGUAGAAGCGUGGUGCCCCGUACAAACGGUGGAGAAAGUGCCACUUCGUCGCCAGUGCCUGCUGCAGCUGCCCCAAGAACUGCAACUACCGACGGAUUAUUUGCUGGGUCCGCCGAGCUUGGGGGCGAAAGGAGCAUCAGCAGCGCACCAUCAAGAAGUACAACGACCUCCAAUAAUCGGGACCUGGCACAGCGUCUCUGUAGUAUCGACGUGGCUAUUAUCCCUGUCGCGUGCGGGACGAGGACGGGAGAGGACCCCGUCCUGGUUUGCCUCAUCCCGCUACGGAACACCCUCACGGAGGACGCGCGCGCCUGA